AUGUCUUCCUCUUCCUCGUCCGUCUCGUUCCAGACACUGAGGAAGGUGGUGAAGAAGGUGCUCUCGUUGUCCCAGUCCGAGGGGGAAGGCGCCACCGUCCGCCGGAGCAUCGGCGGUUGCGAGCUCCGGAACCUGGACCCAUUUCUCCUGCUCGACGAGUUCUCCGUCUCCAAGCCCGCCGGAUUCCCCGACCACCCCCACCGGGGCUUCGAGACCGUCACCUACAUGCUCGACGGGGCCUUCACCCAGCAGGACUUCUCGGGGCACAAGGGCACCAUCAGGACAGGAGAUGUACAAUGGAUGACGGCAGGGCGCGGCAUCGUGCACUCGGAGAUGCCGGCGGCCGACGGCGUGCAGAAGGGCCUGCAGCUCUGGAUCAACCUCGCCUCCAAAGAUAAGAUGAUUGAGCCAAGGUACCAGGAGCUCGAGAGCAAGGACAUCAGCCAGGCCGAGAAAGACGGCGUGGCGGUGCGGAUCAUUGCGGGGGAAGCCUUUGGCAUCCGGUCGCCGGUCUACACACGGACGCCCACCAUGUACAUGGACUUCACAAUGCAACCAGGGUCACAGCUCCACCAGCCGAUCCCCGAGGGCUGGAACGCCUUCGUGUACAUCAUCAAGGGGGAGGGCGUGUUCGGCAGGGAGGGCGCGGCGCCGGCGAGCACGCACCACUGCCUCGUCCUCGGCGCAGGGGACGGCCUCAGCGUGUGGAACCUGUCCAGCGCGCCCCUGCGGUUCGCGCUAGCAACGGGACAGCCGCUCAAUGAGCCGGUGGUGCAGCAGGGGCCCUUCGUCAUGAACUCGCGUGCCCAGAUCCAGCAGGCCAUGGAGGACUACUACUACGGCCGCAACGGCUUCGAGAAGGCCAGCCAGUGGAGCUCCGCCUGAUUCUCAUCGGUGUCUCGCCGUGAUGAUGAUCAACAUCGUGGUGCAUUCUCUUGCAAAACAUUGGGAAGGAAAGGGAAAUUGAAUUGUACCAUUAUAUUG